AGAAGAGUUUUCAUUUUUUUCUUUGCUUUUCUUCAUUAGCGGUAGGGUUCACUUUUUUAUUGUUUUUAAGUUUUGAGAAUUUAUAAGUUUCAAAUAUCACACACAGAGAUAGAAAGAUAAUAAUAAGAGUUUCUUCUCUCAUCCACAAUCUCUCCCUCUCUCUCUCUUUCCUUCUUCUAGCUAGGUAUUUUGUAUUCUCUUCCUUCUGCUUUGUCAUUAAUUUAUUUCUUCUCUUGUGUUAUUCAUCAUGUGUAGUAGUUCUUGUUUAUGUUUUCUCAACUUAUUUUGGAUUUUUGUUGUUAAAAAGCAAUCUUUAAAGCUUCUUCUUCAUGUUUUGAAAUGAACAAGAACCCAAAAAAAAAUCUGGUUUUUAUGUUCAGGUUUUCAAACACAGUCUCUUGAAUUCAGAGACUUGUUAUUAUUUUUUGUUCUUUCCCAUAAGAAAAACCAAAGAUUGUCUCUUGCGUUGAAACCAAACAAAGUAAUUUUUAUAUUUAGAAUCAUGGGUUUCAUUAAUUUCUUGGAUGUUUCUGCUUAAGUGUUUUUUCUUUCUCCACUACUCUUUGUCUGUACAUAGAUCUGAAAAAGUGUUUGUCUCUUUAUUUUAUUCUCAUAUAUAACUUUUUUUUUGGUUUUCAAGGGUCAUGAUGAUGAACAGAGACAUAUUAUUUCAUCAACAACAACAGCAACAAAUGGAAGAGAACAUGUCGAAUCUAACAUCAGCUUCAGGAGAUCAAGCAAGUGUGUCUUCAGGAAACAGAACUGAAACUAGUGGCUCUAACAUUAAUCAGCAUCAUCAAGAACAGUGUUUUGUUCCACAAUCGUCUCUUAAGAGGAAGAGAAAUCAACCAGGAAAUCCAGACCCAGAAGCAGAAGUGAUGGCCUUAUCACCAAAGACACUAAUGGCGACAAACAGAUUCAUAUGUGAGGUCUGCAACAAAGGUUUUCAAAGAGACCAAAACUUGCAACUUCACAAGAGAGGACAUAAUCUACCGUGGAAGCUUAAACAAAGAUCAAACAAAGAUGUGGUUAGGAAGAAAGUUUAUGUUUGUCCAGAGCCAGGCUGUGUCCAUCACCAUCCAUCGAGAGCUCUUGGUGACUUAACCGGAAUCAAGAAGCAUUUCUUCAGAAAACAUGGCGAGAAGAAAUGGAAAUGUGAAAAGUGUUCCAAGAAAUAUGCGGUGCAAUCAGAUUGGAAGGCUCAUGCUAAGACUUGUGGCACUAAAGAAUACAAAUGCGACUGUGGAACUCUCUUUUCUAGGAGGGAUAGUUUCAUAACUCAUAGAGCAUUUUGCGAUGCAUUAGCAGAAGAGAGUGCAAGAGCCAUGCCAAACCCUAUUAUGAUCCAAGCUUCAAAUUCUCCUCAUCAUCAUCAUCAUCAAACACAACAAAACAUCGGUUUCUCUUCGUCAUCCCAAAACAUCAUCAGCAACAGCAAUCUCCAUGGUCCUAUGAAGCAAGAAGAAUCACAGCAUCACUAUCAAAAUAUCCCUCCUUGGCUUAUCUCAUCAAACCCUAACCCUAAUGGCAACAAUGGUAAUUUGUUCCCUCCUGUUGCUUCUUCUGUGAAUACCGGGAGGUCCAGCUUUCCCCACCCAUCGCCGGCUAUGUCAGCCACAGCUUUGCUCCAGAAAGCAGCUCAAAUGGGUUCUACGAAGUCAACAACUCCAGAGGAAGAAGAGAGGUCUUCGAGGUCAAGCUAUAAUAACUUGAUCACGACUACAAUGGCUGCUAUGAUGACUUCACCACCAGAACCUGGCUUCGGAUUUCAAGACUAUUACAUGAUGAAUCAUCAACAUCACGGUGGAGGAGAAGCUUUCAACGGUGGUUUUGUCCCCGGAGAAGAGAAGAACGACGUCGUGGACGACGGUGGAGGAGAGACGAGAGAUUUCUUGGGGCUAAGGUCGUUAAUGUCGCAUAACGAGAUUCUAAGUUUCGCGAAUAAUCUUGGCAACUGUCUCAACACUUCUGCUACAGAGCAACAACAACAACAACAUAGCCACCAAGAUUAAUAUAUUAUAUCUGUAUAGAGACUCUUUCUAUAAAAUUAGUUUGAAAUAUAUGUUGAAAGGAGAAUUAUCACGCUGCAAGCAAGUUUAUACCCAAAAAAAAAAAUAUAUAUAUACAUUUUUGCUAAAUCCUGAACUUGGACUUAUUUAC